AUGGGGAUCCAGGGGCUGCUGCCGCAGCUGAAGUCAAUCAUGGCGCCCAUUAGCGCGGAGGAGCUGCAGGGGCCAGACGGUGGCUGUCGACACCUACUCCUGGCUCCACAAGGGCGCUCUAUCCUGCGGCGACCGCCUCUGCAAGGGCAUCCCCACCACCAGGGGGGUAUAUGUGUGGCUCCUGGCUGCCAUCUGGUGCUGCUUUGUUACAAUAACACAAUGUUUCAAUCUGGGAAAGGCCUUCUGCCAAUAAAGAGCUAUCAAGAGACGAAGCGGGCAAGGUCAAGAAAGGAAAACCUUGAGCGUGCCAGGGAACAUGAGGCUGCUGGGAACUCACGUGCUGCUUUUGAGUGCUAUCAGAAAGCUGUUGACAUUACACCUAGAAUUGCUUCUGAACUGAUUGAGGUACUGAAGAAAGAAAAGGUUGAUUAUAUUGUUGCACCUUAUGAAGCAGAUGCACAAAUGACAUUCUUAUCUGUUAAUAAACUUGUUGAUGCUGUGAUCACUGAGGAUUCAGAUUUGAUACCAUUUGGUUGUUCUAGAAUUAUUUUCAAAAUGGACAAAUUUGGGCAAGGUGUUGAAUUUCAGAUUACACGACUAGAGCGAAAUAGAGAGCUUGAUUUUAAUGGAUUCACAAGACAAAUGUUACUCGAGAUGUGUAUUUUAAGUGGCUGUGACUAUCUCCCCUCAUUGCCAGGAAUGGGUGUGAAACGAGCUCAUGCACUCAUCCAAAAGCUAAAGUGUCAUGAAAAGGUGAUCAAGCACCUGAGGUAUGGUGCUGUUUCUGUUCCACCUCAAUAUGAAGAGGACUUCAAGAAGGCAAUCUGGGCAUUUAAGUUCCAAAGGGUCUAUGAUCCUGCUACAGAAGAUAUUAUUCAUUUGUCAAGUAAUAUUGCCAAAGGCAUUGCUCUAGGGAACAUUGAUCCACUCACAAAGGAACCAUUCGAGAUCAAACCAGAGUGCAGUGCACCUGCUGUUCAUAAGGUUUGUCCAACCAGAGAGCCUAUUGCACCUUCAAAUGGGAGGAAGAAGCUAGAUUUGCCUGUGCAGAAAAAUAUAUUGACCAACUAUUUCUGCUUAGCAUCCCUUGAGGCAAAACGGAAAUUCAGGGCGCCUAAAGUAACACAUAAGCAACCAAUAUUGAAUGAAUCUUUGCCUAGCCCUCAAACUCAAGGCUCUGGUACCCCUGAUUCAGUUGAAGAUACUAGGUUGCCAACAGAUCACAUCCAAGCUUCUCAAUGUAGUUCUGAGCAUUUAAGCUCUGAACCUCCUCAAAGUGGCCCAAUCAGUGUUGGCUCUCAGUGUAGCUCUGAGCGUUUCAGCUGUGAGUACCCCCUCGAUGAUUCAGCCAAUAUUUCACCUCAAUGCAGUUCACUUGGUGGUGGUAGUGAUCCUCCUUACAAGGAUACAAGCAUUAAAGACAUAAAGGUUGAGGCUGACUAUGGCAACGAAAAUACAAUACCUACAAGUCCUUGCUUAGCGGGAAAUUCGCCCUGGACAUCAGAGCCAUUUUUACUUCCCCAUAACGUGGGACCAUCUAUACCAGUUCAACAUCAUACUGAAAGCAUUGUGGCCUCUAAAAAUAAUGACAUUACCGUAAGGAGUUCAUACUUUAAAACGGUGAAUAAGAGAAUUUGCACAGAUCAAGAAGACCAGUUAGAUGAUGACUAUGAUGUUGGUACUGGUCAAGAUACAGAUGACCCUGAUGAUACAAAUAUAAGAACUGAAAGAAGAUUUGGAUGCAAUGUUUCCCAUGUGAAUACAUACAGUGGAAUUGCAGAAAAAUCAAUGGAUAAGUUUGCUGCAUUGGUAUCAUCUUUCAGAUACCCAGGCCCCCGUGCCAGUGGCCUUCGUGCUCCUUUAAAGGAUGUGAAGAAUACACUUUCUGUGAGAUCUAUUCUCAAAGCUCCAGAACAAGGCACAUUCAGACGCACAGCAAAGAAAACAGGUCUAGGCCCCACUUCAAAAAGCAGAUACACAAGUGAUAUGGAAAGUGUUGUCAGCCCCCCUGAUAUUAGCGCUGCUUAUAGGCCUAUGAAAGCUGCUGCUUCUGAUCUAGACAAAACCACAGGUAAAGCUACAGACAGUACUGAUGGUCCUGCUGAUCUGGGAACGUUUGCAUACACAUCCGUGGCACCUACUGUCUGCUAUCCUGAUCGGAGCAAAUAUGCAGGCACAGCUACGAAAAUUGCAGACAGUCCUGAUCUGAGCACAUUUGCAUAUAAACCUGUGAAAGCUGCAGUCAGACAUUUGAAUGGGAGCAGAUUCAGAGAGACUGCACUGAAAGCAACUGGAGGGACUUCUAGGAGCCAAUUCAAAUAG